GUUAACCGUAUCUGACAUGAAGUUAUAAAUUGUAAAUAAAAUUGGCGCGCAUUUGGCGUAUUUAGAUAGGUUCGUGUAUGACAAUUAGCAAUAUAACAGAAAAACAUAUAUUAUGUGUAUUAGAAAAUAUAUUAUUUAGAAUUAGUUUAUUUUAUUGCACGUUUUUGUGUUAACACUUGAAAUAAAAACUGUUACUUACAUUUAAAUGAACUUGUUCAAUUAAACUAUUAAUAUGCCAGUCUCAAUUGAUAGUAAAAGUGAUGAAGAAAAAAACCAGGAAGAUCAAAAUGCGUUUCCUUCCCCUUCACGAAAAUCAAAACGAAAGUCAGCAAUGAAAAGUAACCAAUCAAAAAUUACUCAUAUGUUUGCCUACAAACGCAGUAGAAGUCCAGACGUAGAUCAUGAAAAAACGGAGUCUAAAAAAAUUAAAAUGGAAUCAAAAAAUAUUUCUGAUGCGAAAAUGGUAGCCGAUGAUACUGAUACUGAUGAAACAUCCAGUGAUAAACAAAAUAUAGUACAAUCUGAUGAUAAUGAUAAUUCUGUUAUAUCUUCACCAAAUAGUAAUGAAAUCAUUAAAGACAAUGAGUUUAAUAACAAUUGUGAAACAACCGCUAAGACAAAAGGACACGAGAUCCAAAAUGAAUUUAAAGUCAAUAAUGAAAUAUCAGAAAUUAAAUCACUAAAGGAUAAUGAAAGUAGGAGUGAUUUGCCUGAUAUGGAGAAAUGUGAUAUUUGCGGACAAUUUUUAAACAACUCUGACAUAAUAUACUAUCAAGGACAUCCACAAGAUGCAGUUGAAGAAUUUAUAGCUUUGACUAAUGAAAAACUAGUUUUAGCGUCUGGUGAAGAUGGUGAUAUAAUGGAAAGACCGCAAACCAAUAUAACUGGAUUUUCAAUUUUUGAUCAACAAGGCCAUUUAUGCCCCAUUGAUGGUGGUCUUGUUGAAAAUGAUGUCAGAAUAUAUAUGUCAGGAUAUCUCAAAUCUAUUUGUUCUGAGUCACCUGAUGUUGAUGAAGAAUCCAUACCAGUGAAAGAUGUUGGACCAAUUAUUGAAUGGUUUAUCCAUGGGUUUGAUGGUGGAACGAAAAAUUGCAUUACACUGUCCACUGAAUUUGGAGAAUACAACCUGCUCAAACCUAGUACCGAAUAUACACCCUUAAUGGACAAUUUGUAUGAAAAAAUUUGGCUCAGCAAAGUAGUGGUUGAAUAUCUAGAAGAAUAUCACUACCUCCAACCUACCUAUGAAGAUUUACUGGAAGUUAUUCGAGAAUGUACAAUUCCAGAUUUAGAUGACAAAAAGAUGUCAGAGGAAAUGUUGCACAAACAUGCUCAGUUUGUUUGUGACCAGGUUGUAAGCUUAGAAGCAGAUGAAGAUAAUGAGCCCUUGAUAACAUUACCAUGUAUGAGAGAACUAAUAAAGUUAAUGGGUAUUAAGUUUGGAAAAAGAAGAGUUCGUGCAAAAAUUGAUUAUAAAAAGAUAGAUAAAAAAGCAUGGACAAAAGCCACUACUACUCCACUUGUUAGGAAAACUUUUGAAAGUUUCUUUACUAAUCAGCUAGACAAGACAAAUCACGAACUUGUGUUAAGAAGGAAAAGGUGUGGUGUGUGUGAAGCUUGUCAACUACCAGACUGUGGAGAAUGUAAUGCAUGUCGAGCAAUGCUGAAAUUUGGUGGGCAUGGACGAACAAAAAAGGCAUGUGUUAGAAGACUUUGCCCUAAUAUGGCUGUGCAACAAGCUGAUGAUUCAGAAAUAGAAGAUGAAGAUGACUAUCAACAUAUAGCAGAAAAACGUCAAAUGGAUAAAAUUGAUGAUACUGUUCCAGUUAAGUUGACGGGAGCAAAUACUAAAAAACUUAAAUGGAUAGGGGAACCUAUUAAAGCAGAUUCUACAAAAAUUUACUACAAGAGAGUGGAGAUUGAUGGUGCAGAGCUUCAAGUGGGAGAUUUUGUAAUGGUUGAAGCAUCACAAAGUAAUAUUCCAGCAUUGGUUGCGAGAGUUACAUACAUCUGGAAAGAAAUUAUAAAUCCUAAGUCUGGUUAUUUCCAUGGGGAAGUUUUCAUAAGAUCUUCUGACACUGUUCUGGGUGAAGUUGGUGAUCCACGAGAAGUGUUCUUAGGUAAUAGAUGCUGCCACGGUGCACCUCUUUCGUCUAUUUUAAGAAAAGCACAUGUUGAAAAAAGAGACCCGCCAAAGGAUUGGUUUAAAUUAGGAGGUAAAGAAGUAGCUGAUGAAUACUUUGAAGAUGAUGGUAAAACAUAUUUCUAUCAAAAAUACUACGAAAGAUUUACCGCGCGAUUCGAAGAUCUGCCAAUAGAUCCGGAGUGUCCAAAUGAUCUCAGGAAACACAGAUUUUGUCCAUCUUGCGAGCGCAAAACCAAGCGUGAUGCGAAAGAUAUCCCGAAAGUAUUUGGUAAAUUAUCAGAAAAAACUUCAGUUGUCUCCGAGGCAAACCGAAGUGAGUGGACAAGUGUAAGGUGGCGUGAUCAUGAUUAUAAGAAAGGCAGUGGUGUAUUUCUAAAACCUGGGACUUUUAAAUUUAAAAAUACCUACAAUAAUAACAAUAAUAGCAAUGGAAAGUUUAAAUUAGAAAAGGUCGAUGAGGACAUUUACCCAGAGUAUUAUAGAAAAAGUGAUAAUUGUUUAAGAGGCUCUAAUAUAGAUACUGGUGAACCAUUUUGCGUUGGUUACAUAGCCGCUAUUACCGCAGCAAGUGAAGGUCCCCUAGUCGUACCUCAAGAUAUUUAUAUUAAAGUCAACAUUUUGUAUAGACCUGAGAACACGACUAAUAGAUUUCCACAUCAUGAAGAUCUUAAUGUAGUGUAUUGGAGUGAUGAAAUAAAGGAAGUAUCGUUUUCGGCAGUCGUAGGUCCCUGUCAUUUAGUUUAUGUAGAAAACAUUCCACAGAAAGAUCAUAUAUACGAUUGGCUCGAAAAAGACCCCUGUAGAAUUUAUUUUAGAAUGGCUUUUAAUAAAGCCACGGGUCAGAUUGAAGAUGUUCCGCAACAAGCGAAGAGCGUAGGACGCGGAGAUAGGGGUAAAGAUAAGGGAAAAGGUAAAGGCAAGUCGAGCAAACCUGUGGUUACUGAUGUCAUGACAACCCCAGAAACAAAUAUUAGACCUUUGAGGACUUUGGACGUGUUUGCUGGUUGUGGCGGUCUAUCCGAAGGUUUGCAUCAAUCCGGCAUCGCAGAGUGCAGGUGGGCGGUGGAAAAUUUGGAAGCGGCAGCUCACGCGUAUUCUCUUAACAACAAAAACUGUAUAAUAUUCAAUGAAGAUUGCAAUGCGCUGUUGAAAGAUGCAAUGUCCGGGGCGACACACAGCGGAGGCGGUCUGAGACUGCCGAUGCAGGGAGAAGUCGAACUCCUCUGUGGCGGGCCUCCUUGUCAGGGUUUCUCGGGAAUGAACAGGUUCAACUCGAGAGAGUAUUCGAACUUUAAAAACUCGUUGGUUGCGUCUUAUCUUUCAUUCUGCGAUUUUUAUCGACCAAAAUAUUUUAUACUCGAAAACGUGAGAAACUUCGUGGCUUUCAAGAAAGGCAUGGUUCUGAAGCUGACGCUUCGGACACUGCUGGAUAUGGGGUACCAGUGCACCUUUGGAAUCCUGCAGGCUGGCAAUUAUGGAGUUCCUCAAACGCGACGGAGGUUAAUAAUAUUAGCCGCGGCUCCCGGUUACAAAUUGCCAUUAUAUCCGGAGCCUACUCACGUCUUUAGUAGACGCGCAUGUUCUUUGACUACCACAAUCGACGGUAAACGAUUCGUUACGAACAUUCAGUGGGAUGAAUCGGCGCCUCGGCGGACCUGCACGAUCCAAGAUGCGAUGAGUGACCUGCCACAAAUAUGUAACGGGGCUAACAAGACCGAAAUAGAUUACGGAUCUAUGCCCGAGACUCACUUCCAGAGAUUAGUGAGAAGCAGAGAUGAGACAACCAGACUACGUGACCAUAUAUGUAAAAACAUGGCACCGCUCAUACAAGCUAGGAUGAGCAGAAUACCCACAACCCCGGGCUCCGACUGGAGAGACUUACCGAACAUAUCAGUUACUUUAUCAGAUGGAACUAAAUGCAAGGUGCUGCAGUAUCGCUACGAUGAUAAGAAGAACGGUCGCUCGUCAUCGGGCGCGAGGCGCGGCGUGUGCGCAUGCGCGAGCGGCGGCGCGUGCUCGCCGUCCGACAAGCAGGAAAACACACUCAUCCCCUGGUGCCUCCCGCACACCGCCAACCGGCACAACAACUGGGCUGGCCUCUACGGGCGCCUGUCGUGGGCCGGCUACUUCAGCACGACGGUGACGGACCCCGAGCCCAUGGGCAAGCAGGGCCGCGUGCUGCACCCCGCGCAGCACCGCGUGGUGUCGGUGCGCGAGUGCGCGCGCUCGCAGGGCUUCCGCGACGGGUACCGCCUCGUGGGCUCCGUGCAGGACAAGCACCGCCAGGUUGGAAACGCAGUGCCGCCGCCAGUAGGCGCAGCUCUCGGCAGAGAAAUCAAGAAAGCAUUGAGUGUCUCUAAAUUAUAGCAAUGACAUAUUAUUUUUGUAAGUGUGAAAAAGUGUUGUGUAAUAAUAAUCAAAGUACUAUUAAAAAGUUUUAAGUAUA